AUGGGUGGUGAUGAAUUGGAUAAUAGUGAAGAUAAUAAAGAAAAUGAGUAUGGAGGAGGACAAACAUUCAAGGAUAAGAAAACGUUGAAUCUUUUGAUGAAGCAGGCGUCGGUAAAAAUGUCAUUCAAUUACAUAACGGUGAAGAGUAUUAAGAAAUACUUGAGGGUGAUCCUACUUUCCGGUGGAUGGAGCGAGCAUGUGCUAUUAGAGAAUCGGGUUGGUUUCAAAUCCACAAAUACGUGGGAGAGCAUACUUGUGGCGUUGAUCAUGUCACGGGAAAGCACAAGAAUGUCACCGUGGAGGUCCAAGCCUGAAAGAGAUCGAGAAGAUUGUAUUUGGGGAGCUACAUUACAGAUCGGGCUAUUAGAAAUAUUGGAUGACAAGCAUCAUUGUGAAGAACAUAGUUUGAGGUACGCCCGAGCAUGGAUAUGCAGUGCUUCCCACAUUUUCAUAUGUUUCAACGGCCUCAAUCCUGAGUCUAUUAAUUCCCUCAUAAUCGAUGAGGAGUCGGGAAGGUUUAUUUACUACUUUAUGGCAUUUGGGGCUUCCAUCCGUGGAUAUGCACACAUGAGAAAAGUCAUUGCCAUUGAUGGCACACAUUUGUCCAGUAAGUACAAGGGCGUGCUGCUGUCCGCUGUUGCUCAAGAUACGCAAAAUCAUAUCUAUCCCUUAGCGUAUUGUGUGGGUGAUAAAGAGAACAAUGCGUCGUGGGGCUUAUUCUUUAAGAAGCUUAAGGCCUUUGUCGUCGACGAACCAGAGUUAUGCAUUAUCUUCGACAAAAACGUAAGCAUAACCAACGGCCUUACAAGGCAUUAUCCGGUUGCACAUCACGGUGUUUGUAUGAGGCAUCUCGGUGAAAAUCUCUUAACAAAUCACCAUUGUUCUAAAUCUCUCUAUUUGUACUACCAUGCUGCCAAGGCGUACACGUUGGAAAAAUUCAAUGACUACUUCAAUGCCCUUAAAGAAAGAUGCCCUAGCGUAGCAGCUUGCCUCGAGCAUGAAGUUGGAUUUGAAAAGUGGAGUCGGGCUCACUUUCUAGGUAAUCGAUUAAACGUCAUGACCUCAAACAUCGCCGAGUCACUCAAUUCAAUGUUGUGCAACGAAAGAGAGUACCCAAUGGCGGCUAUUUUCAAUUCAAUUGCACAUAGGUUUGGAGAAAUAUUUAGGAAGAGGUACGCAGAGGUGGACAAUCCAAAGACAACAUUCAUUCCCGUAUCCGAGACGAUCUUGAGGGAAAACAUGACCGAGGGCGACAAAUUAUAUGUGAAAAACAUAAAUGGAAGCACCGACGAAUUCACCGUGCUUGGUUACGGUCGUUUCGCCAAGGUUAAUAUUUUGAGACAGUCAUGUUCUUGCAGAAAGUAUGACUUAGUGAAAUUGUCAUAUGCUCACGCAAUGGCAGCAUUGUAUUUGAAGCACGGGAACGAAUAUGACACUAGCAUUUACAACUAUUCUUCGCAAAUAUAUUCGAAAGAAUCAUACGUCCUUGCAUACUUGGAACCUAUUUGUACAGCACAAUUAGAGUCAGAGUGGAGUGUGGCGCGAGAGUAUCUAAAAAUACAAGUUUUUCCACCCGAUUUUGAUCUCAAACUCGGAAGGAGGAAGGUGAAACGCGUUAAGGGUGUGUUGGAGCCUUCAAGGUACAAGAAAAGAAACAAGUGCUCCAAGUGCAAAAGGCCGGGACAUAAGAGAACAACAUGCAGCCUUAACAUAGGAUAA